AUGGCAAGUGUAUCUUCUCAAAAAAUUUCACUUCUAUUUCAUCGUACACGUUUAAAAUCUCGUUAUAUAUUAUCAAUUCUUGUUGGUCUUGCACUUGGUUUUAUUUUAAGUCUUGCAUGUGUACCAUUAAUGAAUAUAUGUGAUACAUCUCUAUCAAUAUUAUCUGGACCAUUUUCUUUAUCAUUAAAUUUUCAUAUAAAAAAUGGAAACUCAUCAUUACGUGAUAAAUUUGAUCCAUUUCGAAUAUUAAAUCGACAAGCUCGUUCCAUUGCUGAUAUAACUCUCGUCGAUUAUGGUAGUAAAGAUUAUGAACCAAAAAUUAAUCCAUCACAACAACAACAAGUACCAAUUAAAUCCAAUCAUAAUAAUAGUAAAGUAACAACUACAACAACACAUGUAUCAAAUGUAGCUAAAAUAUUACGACCACGUUUUAUGGCUGAUGAAUUGGGUAUACGUGAAAAAGUUCUUGUAGCUGUUUUAACUGAAACGAAUCAUUUAAAUACAUUUGCUUUGUUUCUUAAUCAAACAUUAUCUGAUCAUGUUAAUCGUAUAUUAUUUUUUAUUGAUGAAGUUCGACAAGAUUUUCCUAAAGAUAUGCAAGUUAUUGCUAUUAAUGAUAAACGUUCAUAUUUAAAACCAUUUUAUGUGUUAAAAUAUCUCGUAGAAAAAACUAUUAAAUCAUAUGAUUGGUUUUUUCUCGUACCUGAUAAUACAUAUAUACGAGGUUUUAAGUUAAAUGAAUUUCUUAAUCAUAUAAGUAUCAAUCAAGAUCUAUAUAUGGGACAAGCAUUUGAUGAUAUACAUGCUGUUUAUUGUUAUUUUGGUUCAGGAAUUAUUUUAUCUAGAACAGUACUUCAAAAAAUCUAUACUGAACUUGAUUGGUGUACGAAAAAUGCUUAUUCACAAGAUUUAACUGAUAAUAUUGGUCGAUGUAUUUUAAAAGCAGCAAAAUUACCAUGUACAAAUUUAGCUAGUAAUUAUAAAUUUAAUGCUUAUGUUAAUUAUCGUUUUGAAUAUGAUGCUGAUAUUAGUGAAGUAUCUAAAACUAAAGAUUUUAAUCAAACAUUAACUAUUCAUCCAAUAAAUGAUCUUGAAACAAUGCUUAAACUUCAAAAGUAUUUUAAUGAAGUUGAAAUAAAUGAAAUGUCACAGGAUAUUUUAAAAUAUGAAGAAACAAUUGAAAAUUUAUCGUGUUAUGCAACGGAAGGUUGUGGAAAUAUUCCAUGGCCUGUUGGAGUUCCAGCACCAUUUAAACCAUCAACACGUUUUGAUGUUCUUCGUUGGGAUUAUUUUAAUGAAACACAUAUUUAUUUAAAAACAGAUAAUACUGUUAUUGAUUUGAUGAAACAAAAUGAUUAUGAAGAUAUACAAGAAGUUAUUGAUCAUUCUGUAAAACAAUUUCAAACAAAAUAUGGAACUAAAUUAAAAUUUAAAAAUUUAUUAAAUGGCUAUCGUCAAUUUGAUCCGACACGUGGCACACAUUAUAUUAUUGAUAUAGUAUUGAUAGAUGAACAAAAAAAAGAAUAUAUAAAACGUGCAGAAUUAAUGAGACCAUUAGGUCUUGUCGAAAUCGUUCCGAUGCCAUUUACAACUGAAACAGUAAAAUUAUUUUUGAUAUUACCUAUUUAUUCUGAUGAACGAUCUGCAGCUAUUCGUUUUCUUUAUCAUAUAAAUAAAACAUUAUUUGAUCGAGAAACUCGUGAUAAAUUUGAAUCACAACAAUAA